UUCAGGUCCAGACCUUUGGAUGCUUUAUUUUACAAGCUUUAAAUGUGAAAAAAAGUUUACUAAUUAAAAAUUAUUUUUGCAAGAUUUGUGAACUAGUUUGAGUGAUUGAGUGUAAAGUGAUGUUAGUUUACUUAAUCCAUAUAUAUGACGUACUAAAUUUCUGUUGUGCUUGCUUUUAUAUUUCAAACUGAAUGAUAUUUUUGGUUGUUUGCUUUCCUUGCAACUAAAUUAUGGGACAGCCAAUGAAUUUUUGGAGUCCUUGUUAAAUUGGUACUUUUGAUAUCUUGAGGGCAACAGUUAAGCAGUCUAAUGGAAUGGUAGUAUUUUCAGGCUCUGCCUGAGUAUUUAAUUGCUUUACUGCCAUACAAAAAGACCAAGGAGGUGUUCAUAAACAUAAGCAGAGUAGAGAGGCAAUUCUGCUAAAGUGUUUCUGUGCCGCACUCUUAGCGAUAUUUUGAAUGUAACUUAAUCCUUUGUAUAAGUACAUUCUAGGGCAUAAAAUCCUAUUACUGAAUGCAUUUUUUGAAAUUAUCUUGUAUUCUAUGGCAUGAGAAGUAGGCGCAAAUCCAAUUAUAUAAAAUUAUGAGAUACAUAAUUAAGAUAACCUUUCCCCCCUUGUCUGACUCUUUCUCUUAUUCUUUCUGAUUAUUCUUCCUGUUUUCUCCUUACCCAAGUUUCUCUAAAUAGUACAUAUAUUCUUAGAGAAGUUUAAGUCCUAUAAAACUCAAUCUGAAACAGACCUCUUAUAUAUAUGAUUGAUGCAAACACUAGGUCCCUUAUUGAUUUUUAUUAUAUAAAAUAUCAAUAUUUUUGUGAUAAUGUAGAACUAAAUUGGUAUAAGAUAUGUCAAUCCCAAUGAGUACAACCUUUUUUCAAAUAUUUGCCUAUACUUUUCCAUUGUCCUAUCUUUUAACAUGUCUUUUAACAUAAAGGCAUGCUUUAAAAAUUGUUAAAUCCUUUAUCUUGACAGGAACCAUGUGCUAACACAGGAUGGAACAGAAAAAUGAAAGUUCUUUCACUGGGUUUAUCCUGCUGGGUUUCUCUGACAGGCCUCAACUGGAGCAGGUCCUCUUUGUGGUUCUUUUGAUCUUCUACAUCUUCACUUUGUUGGGAAACACAACCAUCAUUGCAUUGUCCCAUGUGGACCCACAUCUUCACACCCCUAUGUACUUUUUCCUCUCCAACCUAAGCUUUCUGGACCUGUGUUAUACUACCAGCAUUGUUCCUCAGCUUCUGGUUAAUCUCAGUGGAUCAGACAAAUUUAUCUCCUUUGGUGGUUGUGUAGUUCAGCUGUACAUCUCUUUGGGGUUGGGAGGUACAGAAUGCAUCCUCCUAAGAGUUAUGGCACUUGACCGCUAUGCAGCUAUUUGCAAGCCCCUUCACUACACAGUAAUCAUGCACCCCCGUCUCUGUGCCCUGAUGGCUUCUGCUUCAUGGAUCAUUGGUUUUGCCAACUCCUUAUUGGAGACAGUGCUCACCUUCCUUUUACCAUUCUGUGGGAGAAAUGAAUUAGACCACUUCUUUUGUGAGGUCCCUCCUUUGCUCAAGCUUGCCUGUGUUGACACCUCUAUGAAUGAGUCUGAGCUCUUCUUUGCCAGUGUCAUCACUCUUUUCAUACCUGUUACAUUAAUAAUGUUCUCCUAUGGUGGGAUUGUGAGGGCAGUCUUGAGAAUAAAGUCCACUGUAGGACAGAGAAAAGCAUUUGGGACCUGUGGAUCCCACCUGACAGUGGUCUCCUUGUUCUAUGGCACAGCCCUCUAUGCAUAUCUUCAGCCCAGCAACAACUACUCCCAGGAUCAGGGCAAGUUCAUAUCUCUCUUCUACACCAUCAUUACCCCCAUGAUCAAUCCCUUCAUAUAUACUCUGCGCAACAAGGAUGUGAAGGGAGCAAUGAGGAGGGUGCUUUGGAAGGACUCUGCCUCCAGAUGAUGGGCCUAAUAAAACAGUAAUGGAUGGAUUUUGAAUGCCUGAGGUCUUUAGAUGUAUGUGUGUGUCCUCCAUGUGUCAUUCAGUAU